GUGAGGGCAAUGCCGUGUUUGACACAGGAGCAACCUUUGUCCCCUGGUGCAGAGCACAGCCUUUGCCCUUGUGCUGCAGCACGCCGAUUUCCAGAGGGUGAAUCCCACUGCCAUGGAGCUGGGCACCCCCGGGGGUAAUGCUGGCCCCUCUGCCAAGCAGAAGAAAAGCAAGAAAAGGAGAAGCAGGAGCAGCCUGCAGCCGUGCAGAAAGGUCGCAUCCCGGGACGUGCUGGGUGAGCACAGACGACUGCCUCGCCUGCGGCCCUUGUACCAGUACAUCAACUUCGACAUGCCGGAGCUGAUGUGCCCAUCAGAAGAAAAAGAUGAAACCCUAGGGCCGGCAGGGACAGCAACUGGUCCAGAGCUGGAAGGAGAGCUCCCACAAGCAUUUGGCUCCCAACAUCAUCUGCCACUAACAAACUGGCUGAGCCAAGGAUUGAGAACUCAUCUUACUGACAGCCCUUUUGCGGCCUCUCUCAUGCGUAACCCACAAGAGACCUGGGCCAGCAGCGCUCUGGAGGUCCCAACCCCAGCACUGGAUGACAAACCCAGGCAGGUUGAUACUGAGACGACGCUCGGCUGCACGGCCUACCUGGUGUCACCACUCUUCAUUAGAUAUCCUCACAAGCUGUCUGCCUCCUGUGUUACCACUACAGCCUGGCAUUGGAUGGUGGUGAUCAGCACCUCACCCAUGUUUGGUUGGCUUUUUUUUUUCCUGGUUGCAGAGAAGAUGAUUUACCUGAGGAGUGGGGGAACAGCACCACAAUUUUUAUUAUAAAAUAUACCUGCUUGCUGUUAGGAUGCAUGUGUCAUAAUUUCUUCCUUACUUAUGAAAAGCAGGAGCUGGGGGCCAGCCGUGUCCCAUACCGUUGGGGAUCACCCUGCGCCACCACUUCUCAUCCUAGCAGACAGCAGAACACGGCCCCAUCCCACCACACCCCUUGCACUGAUUUUCAAGACUGAAAGUUAGGGCGUGAGCUGUCCAGAAACUCAGAGCAUCAUGGCAACAGGUUUAAUGUAAGCCCACAGCAACUUCUAGCACAGCCUCACCCUUCAGAUCCAGCUGAGAAACGCGAUGUGCUUGUGCUGCAGCAGACCCAUGUAGAUGCUAAGGGGCAACAGCAGGAAGC